AUAUGAAAACGGCAAGGAACGAAAGAAGAUUAAAAGCGAUAAGCGGAAUGAAUACUAGUGCUUAAUUUAAACGCCUUGAAAUGUGGUAAAAUCGUUUUAAAAUUUACAAAAGGAGCUUGUAAAGUCAAAAGAACUUGUUUACUAUUAGCGGAUAAUAAAAUAAGAACUACCGCAAACGUCCGGGCAAUAUUUGUGUCUCCAGAAAGAUCGAUUUAUUUGAAGAAAAUGAACGAACGAAUUUGGUACUUAAAAUGAUGAUAGCAAAUCCAGCUACAAGAGGUCAAUUAAUGAAAAGCAACUACAUAAAUGGUUAAUGGUCUUUAAUAAAAAAAUAUAUAGUCUAAAAAAUAACUUUUGAUACAUUACCGAAAAGGAGAACGACGACAAAAUGACGGUCGAUUUCAACGAUUAUUUUUGGGGGGAGAAGAACAAUGGGUUCGAUGUACUCUAUCAUAAUAUGAAAUUUGGCUGGGUAGCGAGCAAAGAACUCUCGGAGUUCUUUCGCGAAAAGUCCAAUAUCGAAGAACAAAACUCCAAACUAAUGGCCAAGCUAGCACACAAAGCCAGCACUGGCACAUUAAACAGCACCUUUGCGCCCGUCUGGACCAUACUGCGCACUUCGGCAGAGAAGCUCUCCACGCUGCAUCUACAAAUGGUACAAAAGCUCACCGAGCUGGUGAAGGAUGUCGCCAAGUAUGCCGAUGAGUUACAUAAAAAACAUAAAACGGUUAAGGAAGAGGAAUCACACACCCUGGAAUGCGUACAAGCUAUGCAAGCAUCAACGGCGGCCGUGCAAAAGCUACGCGAUCUCUACAACAGCAAAGUAUUAGAAUUGGAGAAGGUGCGCAAGGAUAAUGCAUCACAAAAGGACAUCGAAAAAAUCGAAACGAAAUUGCGCAAGUUGCAAGAAGAGUACAAAACGCUGCUUGACAAGCAUAAUCCGAUCAAAAAUGAUUUCGAGCGGCGCAUGACGCAGACGUGUAAGCGUUUUCAGGAAAUUGAAGAGGUCCACUUGCGGCAAAUGAAGGAAUUUUUGUCUACAUUCUUAGAGAUGCUUCAAAAUAAUCAUGACAUGGUUGGACAGGUGCAUUCAGAUUUUAAGCGUCAAUUUAACGACAUGACGGUGGACAAGCUUUUGGAGCAAUUUGUGCUCAACAAGUACACUGGCUUAGAGAAACCAAAAGUGCCCGAACUCGAAAUUACUCCACUCUCUAUACAACAACAACAACAACAGUCCGCCUCAGCCACACGCUUGAAUCAAUCGGGCGGCUCUGCUGCGGCUGCUUCCAAUUCCAACUCAGCAACAAGCAUACAAGGUGCCAUAUCACGAAUUACCAGCGGUAGUGUGUCAAUAGAUCAACGUGGCAAUGUUGAGGCCGGUUCACUGGGUAGUGGCGGUGGCGGUAUCGGCGCGGCCGGUGGCAGUGGCAGUGGCAGCAAUAGCCUACUAAACGCCGACGAUACCAUACUCGGUAUACAGGCAUCACCACGUGCAACAUCACCAAUUCUAGUAAAUGCUACAACGACAUACGCUACCACCACUACCAGCAGCAUCAGCACUACGCCGGCAGGAGUAUCAUCGUCAAGCACGUCGACUGCUACCUCUACUGUGCGCAGCAAUUUCUUGAAUUGGUUUUCAUCCAGCAUUCCAAGCAAUAAGCAGCCAACAAAUGCCACAACAGGCGCAAACGCUGCAGCAGCGGCAACAGCGACAACAACAACAACAACCGCUAAUAGUGGUGGUGGGAAUUUCGGUACGGAUAGUAAUGGUUCUACCCACACCGGCACAGCCAUCAUCAAAAAUUCCCUUAAUUCAGAGCUUCAGUCACUGCAGGACAAUAAUAAUCAAGAUCAAGCUGCUAUCGAACAGCACCUACAAAAACGCACGUCAUCGCCAACACCAACCGCCACUAAGCCCGCAUCGAGUCGGAAAUACACUGAACCAAUUUCUACAUCACUUAACGAACGUUCAAAUCAUCUACAUCAUCAUCAUCCACAUCAAACGUCUGCUAGUGGCGGCGCUUCUGUUGUCUCAGCAUCGAGUGCGGGUGCGGCUGCGGGAAAUUCACGCCGCACAACAUCACUAUUGAAUAUUUUCACAUCAAAUUCUCAGGUGUCUGGCAUUUUGCGUAGCCGUCGUGACAAAGCGAAAACUAAAAAAUCUAAAAAGAAGAAAGAUGGCGAAGCUGCAGACAAUAUCCAAGAGGAGCGACUCGGAAGUGUGGAUCGGUCCAACAAUUCCUACGAUAAUGACGAAAACAAUAAAAUGAAGGCGCAGAAUUCCAGCGGCAGCAGCGCCGGUGGCCUAGGCAUAUCUUCUGCUUCAGCGCCGGGUAGUGUAGACUCGUCAGGCGGUGGCGCCGGAGUACUGGGUAUUAACGCUUCUGGCAAUAGUGCAGGUGGCUUAACAAGCAGCGCUGCUAAUGCGGCGGGCAAUGCGAAUGCCAGCAGCAGCGCAACUGGAAAUGGCACGGCUGCAGGUGGUGCAGCCACCACUAAAGCAUAUGGCGCAAAUGAGGUUGAUGAAGAUGGUUACAGCAUGCAGCCACCGAAAGAUAAUGCUUGGAAUGAAAAUCACGAUAAAACUGGCAGUUUCUACUCUGACUCAGACUCAGACUCAGAUAACGAUAAGCCGGAGCGGCGCAUUCAUGUGAAAAUCAAGCCACUGAAUAAUGGCCAAGCGCCAAUGUCUGCAAGUGUGGAUGAGUUGCGCGCUACGGUGGAGAAUAUCUCACUAUCGCCCACCAGCGUCUUUUCGACUUUCAACCAACAGCACAGCAAUCAGCAGCUGCAACAAUCUCGCAUCGCUUCACGUCAGCAAUCGCCUGAGAUAUCCAACGCAUCCACACCAACGGCCACGGUGCAUCCAUAUGCGCCACUGCAGAGCCCCACACUCUCCAUGUCGAAUAAUUCUAGAUACGCCGACUUAGGAGAUAUUUUCUCUGAGUUGGGCGAUGUAAGUGCCUCGGCGCCCGCCUCCGCCACACUAUCAAAAUCCAACAGUCGUCAGAUACCGACACCUACAUCAACUAGUAGUAUUGCAAUACCGCGACCACCUUCGCGCCGUUCUGAGAUGGGCAUGGCGCCCACAGUGGUGGCGGCUCGUGGGCGUAUAAGUCCAUCACCGGCGAUGAACCGUGCAGACAGUAUUGGUAGUUUAGAGUUUCGUACUGCUAUCGGUGGUAUUGGGUCAUCGCGUGGCCCAUCGCCGCUCACCAUUGGCAUUUCGGAUACGAUCCCAAUAGCAGUAGCAUUCCAUGAGAUCAUACACGCCUACUUUAGAGGUAGCGACGAGUCGCGCUGUCAGGUGAAAAUUUCUGGCGAUAUGAUGUUAUCAUUCCCUGCCGGCAUUGUUGGCCUUCUAGCAAAUAAUCCGAAUCCAGCGAAACUUGGUUUUCGCAUCAAAAAUGUGCAAAACUUGGAAAAUUUGAUACCGAAUUCGAAAUUAGUUCAAAUCGAUCGCAAUCAAUCGAGCUCCUUCAGUACAAUGUUGGAAUUCAAUAUGCCCGCUUUGACCGCUUUGCUGCGCCACCAAGCGGAACACAGUCCCAACGCGUCGUAUUUCAAUGUGGACAUACUCAAGUAUCAAGUGCGUUCCAAACCAGGCGCCUCGUCAUGUCCCUUCCAGCUGGUAUCGUAUUGGAAGUGUGAGUCCACAUUUACGGCACUCAAAAUCGAUUACAAGUACAAUAAUCACGCAAUGGCAAGCGCCUCACCGUUGCUGAAUGUCACGCUGUCGGUGCCGGUGAACGGUUCGGUGCGCAACGUGCAGUCGAAACCACAUUCCGCUUGGCUCGGUGAGUCGAAUCGCUUGGUUUGGAAUUUCACUGACAUCUCACAAAAUUCCCAAGAUGGAGGCGUCGGUACGUUACGUGCGCGUCUCGAACUGAACGAAGGUCCAUCCAUACCGGCCCUAUUGACUACACAAUUCAAUUGUGAGGGCACUACACUAUCGGGCAUUGAGUUUGAGCUGCAGGGUAGUGGUUAUCGGCUAUCGUUGGUGAAGCGUCGUUUUGUGUCGGGCAAAUAUGUUUGCGAGGGGGAUGGCGUGCGCAGUGGCGCCACACCAACACCACCGUCUGUGGGGUCGUCUAGUCCAUUUUCAGCAAAAUCGAAUUAGUUGAAAACUAUUUAAAAUUAAUAAGAAAGAAGAACAACAACAAACUAUAUAAACUAGCAACAGCAAAUGUGUUACACGAUUUUUCCAUAAAAGCAACGACAUUUUUGAAAAUCAACACAAAUAUGCAUACCUACACACACACACACACACACAGCUAAACAACCGAAUAAACAUUUGAAAACGCGCUAAACAUUUGCUACAUAAUGUAAAGUAGAAAAAUAGGCUCGUGAAUUAGUAAAAAUUUAUUUAACAAAAAAAAACAAACAAAAAAAAAACUCAAUGAGGGCACCUGAAUAUGCCACUUGAAGAACACUAUAAUGUGCUAAGAAAAUUUUGUAACAGAUGUAUUUGUUGCUUAGCUUUAUUUGUUUUAAAUGCUGAUGCUGCUGAAUAGACGAACGGAGCAACUACAAUUGCUUGUGGGGGAAUGCCGAAUUUAAGCGAGAAGUUUGUGCGCGCUACAUUCUUUUUAUUUUCUCUUUUGUAUUAUAAAUAUGAACUUGUUUUGUUUCUUUAUAUGGCUACGCCUAAGUUUUUGUGUAUAGCAUUGCGAAAAAACGAGCCAGAUUAUUGAAUUGUCUACCGUUUUUUGUAUUCCAUUAAAAUUUGGAGCGAUUAUGAAUAUUUAGCGCGAGAGGAUUGCACUUUUACGUAUUGUAUUGUUAAACUCUUUAUUAUUACUGUAAACAUAACUAUAUUAAAGAGUAUGUGUGUAUGUAGAUUUUUAUAUAUACAUAUGUAUUUGUAUAUGCUAAUAUACCUGUAGAACACUAAGUGUUGAUUUUAUGUUUAUUUUUUAAAUGAUAUAAAGCAAAUAAAAAGAAGAGUCCACUUUUCGAAGCCGAAGUUGUAUGUGAAUGUAAUGGUACGUACAUACAUGCCGACAUACCUACAUUCAUGAAACCUACUAUUUACGUGCAUACGCGAUAACGCCAAUAGAAAUUUAUUAUAUUCGCAAAAAUACACAUGACAUCAAUAUGUAAAAAUAUGCAUUUUCCAACUUAAUUUUAAAAUAAAUUCUGUAAGAUAGUGAGUGAGAAUUAUUUCAAAUAAUUUCUUUAGUCUAACUUUGUUGUUGAGCUUGCAGCCAUUUUCCAGUAAUUUAAAACUAGUUUUAGUUGCAAUGUAUUCAUCCAUUUGCUUUGCUCAUUACCGCUUUAAUAACGGCGCAUGUAAACAUGCAUAAAUACACACACAUAUAAACAAAUAAUUCGCUUUUAUUUAGAAUUCUUAUGUAGUUCAAAGAGAGAUGCCUUGAUGUUUAAUGUGAAGUUGUGUUUUUUUUUGUUCUUGUUUUGGAAAGCCAAUGAAAUAACUAUCCUAAUUUUUACCCUUAUGUUUAAUUAAAUUGAAUUGUAAAUGAGCUUUAACUGUAACCGGUGUAAAAUAUGUACAAUAUAAGAUGUGCUCGAGCUGCAAUAAUUGCGGGCGUGUUAUAUUUUAUGAGACAACAUCA